GGCUCAGCGUGGACACGCCCCUUUGCCACUGACCACGCCCCGCAGGAUGGGGACUGCCAGCCCUCCAGAAGCCACGGGGAUCUCGCGAGAACUCUCCUCGGGCUCCCUUCUGACGUUUCCAGAGGUGAUAGUAGCUCUUGGUUCUCGCGAUAGUUCUGGCAACACCGGAGUCCGGCGACCCGGGCUUGUGUGAAAUAUGGCGAUCGGCUGGGACCGUAGCACAAGCAUGACUUUAUGAAAGAAAAGGAAGGUGUUUCUGAAGAUGAGGCGCCUGAAUCGAAAGAAAACCUUAAGUUUGGUCAAGGAGUUGGAUGCCUUUCCCAAGGUUCCUGACAGCUAUGUGGAGACCUCAGCCAGCGGGGGCACAGUUUCUCUUAUAGCAUUCACCACCAUGGCUUUAUUAACAAUAAUGGAAUUCUCAGUGUAUCAGGAUACAUGGAUGAAGUAUGAAUACGAAGUAGACAAGGACUUUUCUAGCAAAUUAAGGAUCAAUAUAGAUAUUACUGUGGCCAUGAAGUGUCAAUAUGUUGGAGCAGAUGUGUUGGAUUUAGCAGAAACAAUGGUUGCGUCUGCAGAUGGCCUAGUGUAUGAGCCGGCAAUAUUUGAUCUUUCACCACAGCAAAGAGAGUGGCAAAGGAUGUUGCAGCUGAUUCAGAGUAGGCUGCAGGAGGAGCAUUCACUUCAAGAUGUGAUCUUCAAAAGUGCUUUUAAAAGCCCAUCGACGGCACUGCCACCCAGGGAGGAUGGCUCAUUGAGGUCUCCAGAUGCAUGCAGAAUUCAUGGUCACCUCUAUGUCAACAAAGUCGCUGGGAAUUUUCACAUAACCGUGGGCAAGGCAAUCCCACACCCUCGAGGCCAUGCACAUUUGGCAGCACUUGUCAAUCAUGACUCUUACAACUUUUCUCACAGAAUAGAUCAUUUGUCUUUUGGAGAACUUGUUCCAGGGAUUAUUAAUCCUUUAGAUGGAACUGAAAAAAUUGCUGUAGAUCACAACCAGAUGUUCCAAUAUUUUAUUACAGUUGUGCCAACGAAACUACAUACGUACAAGAUUUCAGCAGACACCCAUCAGUUUUCUGUAACAGAAAGGGAACGCAUCAUUAACCAUGCUGCCGGCAGCCACGGGGUCUCUGGAAUAUUCAUGAAAUAUGAUCUCAGCUCUCUCAUGGUGACGGUCACGGAGGAGCACAUGCCUUUCUGGCAGUUCUUCGUGAGACUCUGUGGGAUUGUUGGAGGAAUCUUUUCAACAACAGGUGCCGUUGAAAACUGUAUUUGAACAUAUGUGUGCCAACAUCAGUUUUCCUUUUAUGAUCCCUUAACGACCAUAGGAUACAAGAAUCAUCGACUGGUAUGCAACACUUCCAUCAUUUACAGACUCAACUUUAAUGACGGUUUUAAAGAAUAACAUGUCACAAGAUACAACUUUUCAAACGGAUUUGUUUUUAAGGAUAAAAUAAUGCUUUCUUGAAAAUAAAAUACAGAGAAUAAAAGUGACAGAACUAUUUGCAGUAAAGUUUGUUUAGAAUAGUACUUUUCGUAAAGUAACAGAGGUGUCAUUGUGUAGAAUAUGUGGUAUCAUAGAGCCACCAAAUGAACAGAACAGUUACAUGGCAAAACGUGCUUUGAAAGAUUCAAAUCCAGAAAUUCUCAAAUGAUGAGUUGGCC